AGCUGCGGUUCGUGAUUGGUCUGCCAGAAAGUCUAUCACCCCCCUCAGCCCCGCCCCCCCAGGCAGGCGCAGCGGAGCGCGGGGAAGGUGAGGGACGGGCGGCGGUUCCUGGAUGGCGGUACCGUGGUGGUCGCUGGUGCCCGAGGAGCGGGGCAGCGCUUCGGUGUGAGCCCUCGGCGGUGCUGUGGCUGUCGCUGCGGGGCACAUCGGCUGGGGCCCUUCUUACGAGAGAAGGGAGCGAGGCAACAGCGACAAAAUGAUUGAAACACUUGUAACUACGGAGGCCCAGGAACUGCUGUACCAGCUCACAGCCCUGUUGGAACAGGAGUUAAGAUGUCAGCCAAAGGCCUCUGGCCUGAGACUCAUUGAAUCUGCUCACGAUAAUGGCCUCAGAAUGACUGCAAGGCUGCGAGACUUUGAAGUGAAAGAUCUCCUCAGCUUAACUCAGUUCUUUGGCUUCCAUACAGAGACAUUUUCACUAGCUGUGAAUUUCUUAGAUAGGUUCUUGUCAAAAAUGAAGGUACAGCCUAAACACUUGGGCUGUGUUGGACUCAGCUGCUUCUACUUGGCUGUGAAGGCAUCAGAAGAAGAGAGAAAUGUUCCCUUAGCCACCGACUUAAUUCGAAUAAGCCAGUAUAGGUUCACUGUUUCUGAUAUGAUGAGAAUGGAGAAAAUAGUGUUGGAGAAGCUGUGUUGGAAAGUCAAAGCUACAACAGCCUUCCAGUUUCUACAACUAUAUCAUUCACUCAUUCAUGAAAAUUUAAGCAGUGAAAGGAGAAAAUACCUUAAUUUUGAGAGACUUGAGACGCAGCUUAAGGCAUGUCACUGCAGAAUCAUGUUUUCUAAAGCCAAGCCUUCUGUCUUGGCACUGUCUAUUGUGGCACUAGAAAUAGAAGAACAAAAACUACUGGAGUUGGCUGAGGCAUUGGAAUUUCUGCAGUUGCAUUCCAAGAUAAAUAACAGAGAUUUGACCUUCUGGAAGGAACUGGUGUUAAAGUGCCUUACAGAAUAUUCCUCAAGCAAGUGUUCCAAACCAAAUGUCCAGAAACUAAAAUGGAUUGUGUCUGGACGUACAGCACGGCAGCUUAAACAUAGCUACUACAGAAUAACACAUCUCCCUACAAUUCCAGAGACCAGCUCAUAAUAGUGCUACUAUAAAAUAAGGAGAGAACCAUUCCGUGACCUUGUCAACAGACACGUGAAUAUUUGAGAAACAAAGUCUGAAACAUGGUCUUAAUAAUGAAGAACUCAACCCAUGGAAAAAAAUAUGUAACAUUUCAGACUAAAUAUCCUUCCAGCAAAUAAGUUAUUUUCAUGAUGACCACAACAAUACUUAGUGUCAGUUUUCAGUCUUAUUAGACUGGUUACUGUUCAGUGAAAUACCACAAUACCAAUAUAAGGAAUUUAAACACUUUGUAGAGCAGCCUGUGCAGUCUAAGCUUGGCUUAAUAUAACUGCAGGUGCUGAGUUAUAUAAUUUUUAAAAUCUGGUUUGCGUUCCAAAGAUUAUCUGACACAAGGAUAACAUCGUGUGCAGUAGCACAGUGCUGCAGUGGCUCAAUCAAGCUAAAGACAUUGAUGACAAUAGCAAAUGCCUGUCAGUCCACCUGACACGCUGUUUGGGCAGCGUCAUGCGUCUGCACGUUCCUCUUGGGCAGGGCAGACACACAUUGCAAACCAGGCUCUGUGAUACUCACUGAACAUGUCAAGUAGCUAGAGCAGGAGAAAAGACAAAACUUAUUUCAUUGCCCUGUAAAAGGUAGUCACUAACACAGCAUCAGUAACUCCAGUAUUUUGUAAGUGGUGUAGUUUAGUGACAUUACAAAUUAUUUAAUAGAGUGUAAAAACUUCAUGAUAUCUAAUGAAGGUUGCAGGAGAGUACUGGGUCACCUGCCCCAAAUAUGAUGUCAGUUUUCCAAGGUGUAACUGUACAAGGGGUAAAUGCUGCUGCUGAACAGGUGCCUUUUUACAGGCACAGUAGGAGCAGGGCUGAAGGCACAUCUUGGCCUGUAUGUGGGAGCAAUCUGAGAAACAUUGAAGAUUGCUUCAACUCUGAUCUCUUUCAGGGUAAGAUUCACAAAAUACAACUGUUCUUUCUGAAGACCAGAUCAGUACUUGAGGCAUAUCAGGCUUCUGGUGCUAACAAGGAAGUGAAGAAGAAGAACGUAUUGUUGUAUGUAAGAUGAAUAGAGGUGUUGGGGGAAUGUUGCUGAUGUCCUCUUUAGUCCUGCAUCACUGUGGAGCAGAGGCUGUUAGCGAUAGGAUGUUUGUAACUGAUGGCCAUAUGAACCGACCUGGUGGAGGAGGAGAGAUCAGAAUGUUCUGAAUACAGUGUGGGCUUAGAUGUUAGUGAGCCAAACCUUCCUCCUUUAUGGUCAGAGCUAAGGGGGAAACCACUCUUUGCAUAUCUCAAACUAGAUAAAUCUUUCACAGGAGACUUCAUACCAAAGCUCUAUGCCGGACAAAUCAAGCCUUCUCAUGAACUCAUGGGUGUGAUUGCACCGCGUGACAUAAUCGGCCAGUGCUAGCUGUGCAUUCUGCUGGCCUCUGAAAAGCAUACAAGUAAUUCAGAUCAAGGUGUGGUCAGCCUGCUGGGAGAGAUGGAGAAGAUGCAAUGUGCAAUUGUCAUGUGUCAAGAUAUGUACCUUUCAAUUAAACAUUGAAAUGUGCUUAACUGAG